AUGCGCGAGCACUGGAAGCGACGGCACAAGCGAAACCAGGAGGCCAAAACAUCGAAUCGGAAGGCAGCCUCGGCUUCGACGUCGAGGAUUUUGCUGCCGCGGUGGACUAGUGCUUCGGAUGGGCAGGAGGACUCUAGUGCCACUAGUAGCUCUUCAGCGCUGAGGGCAGAUGGUAGUCCGGAUGGGGAGGUCGGUGGGAAGAAGAAGAAACAUAGCCAGCCUGGUAUUCCGGCUCAGAUGUUCUGUGGGAUGAGCUACGCGUUGUCGAGUGCCAGACCGGACCCGUUCCAGACGUGUCCUGUGCAUUUGACGAGCCAGCAUCAGAAACUUUUACACCAGUGGAUCAGCACGCACGCGGCUAUGAUGUUCGAAGAUCUAGACGUCACCGAGUUUAAUCCGAUGAAGGACGUGUGGUUCCCGCUGGAUCUUUCGAAUGCUUCGUCUUUUAACUGUAUUAUGGCGCAUUCUGCUGCGCAUCUGUCUCAUUUAUAUGCUGGCACUCCGCCCCGACGAGGAACGAAUUCCUCUGAUGCCUUGAAAUAUAAGAUUGAGGCUGUUAGGAUUCUGCGGAGUUGGCUUAGUGAUCCGGAGAAGGAGCUUUGUGAUGAUGCUUUUGCGGCUGUUGUGAGGUUGCUCACAUUUGAGCGAUACUGGGGCACGGUGGCAGACUGGAAAAUCCACCGUGAUGGAUUGCAAAGGAUGAUCGACGCCAAAGGUGGCGUUGAGGCGCUGCAUGAGAACUGGCGGCUGGAGCUGGUGGUUUACCUUGUCUCGUUAAUGUCAAAGCCGUCAUGGCUCGAAUCCACGAAUAACCUCGAACGAAUCUCUCGCCCUCUUUUCUCGCCCCCAGUUCGACAGCCCGCGCCAUCUCUCGACGUCCAAAAGGUCCGCUGCCUCUGGCUGAUAUCGUUUAUUCAAGACAUGAGAACGUUCAUGGGGUCGUUCUACACCCAGGGUCUUUUUGGAUAUCCUACUACUCAUACGGCAGUCGGGCUUCUGCGUCGGAAAUUCCAAAAUUCAAUUGAAUCUUCUUCCCCCAGCGGUCAAGGUAUCGCAGAAUGGGAAGAUGAAAUGCUGGGCUGUCUAUUCUCCAUUAGCGUCCUGAUCCAGGAGUCGAUUUCCGUCUUCUCGGAUGGCGGCUCAACAACACCUACCGGCUCAAAUACACUUGAUGAAUUAGAGAUAUUCCUACGGGACUCCCAGCAUAUGUGGAUGAAUUCAGUCUACAACCUGCGCGUUAUCUUAUUUGAAAGCCUUACACGGCUGUUUGAGGAGGGCGACUUCAAGGUGAGCUACGUGAUGGACCUGGUACAGGUCUUGAACACCUUGAGUUUAGAAGCACGGCAGGGCGUUGAAAAGUGUCUUCUCAAUUUGCUGUACUGUCUUGGGAACAAAAGCACCACGAUGUUGAUAGAUGACGGGUGGACACCCGAUUCGCUUUUGUCGUCUAUGCAUGGGCAUUAG